CAAGGCCAAAAGUAUUUAAGAUAAAUCACAGCAAAUGGGAUGGUGAUGUCACAUUGCUUAAAGGGGCCCACAAUAUCAUGAAUUACGGAUGUCCUCGUUCUAUAGAUCAAAGAUGGCCGCGAUCAAUGUUAGCAACACGUCGUCAAGCACGACUCGUGUACGUGCUGUGUAUCCUAGCAAGUGCCUCCAUGUUACUUCUGGCGUAUUCUACGUCAUCUCGGAACUCCAGUGGACAUCUUUCCAAAAACACUGCAGAACUGUCCCCGCAAGUUGGAAACGUAGCAGAAGAAAACAGAGUUGUCUCGAGGAAUAUAAGUGAAAUUAAACCUAAGACUUCAAGCAUAAAUCGUGAUAAAACUAAUUCAUUUAUUUUAAGCUCAAAUAAAUUCCAAGCACCCAUAUAUUAUAACUGCAGUAUGGUGGACACUAGUUCAGAAUUGUUAUCAAUGGAUGUUCCUAGAUAUAAUCCUAAGUUUAGAAAUCCAUGUUGGUAUGAAGAUCUCACGGACUAUGACGUAUAUUCUGAUAAUAAAUUCUCGGAGUAUUUCCACAGCGUAAAAUCAUUGUUUAUCAAAUUAACUUCUCACUGGAAGAAAAAGUUCGCCGAGGAGUCAAAUCCCCGACGUUUAAGAUGUCUACCCUAUUUCUUUAUUGCUGGUCAACCAAAGUGCGGUAGUACAGAUUUGUAUAAAAAAUUAAUAAGUCACCCGGAUGUAAUGUCGCCACCCAUCAAGGAAUGUCAUUGGUGGGGUAAAAAUAGAUACGGUUGGAGAUCUAACUACACGAUGUCUCAACCUUUCAGCCAUUAUAUCGAUUUAUUUGACGGUGUAGCUAAUGAUAUAGAAACACGAUCAACAGGUAAAGGUACCAGUAACAUCAUCACAGGAGACGCAUCUGUAUCCACUCUGUGGGAUAAUGAUGAAUGGUGGAGAUUGAAGGAAAAUUGUGGACAAACAGAACCUAAAUAUACUAACGCUGACUAUGUUCAUCAUUUUUUACCCAACGCUAAAAUUAUCAUUAUAUUACGGGACCCGGUAGACAGAUUAUGGUCUGACUACCUCUAUUUUCAAAAAACCAGUAAAUCGGCUUAUGAUUUUCAUAUGAACGCCGCCAAAGCCAUUUCUUUUCAUAUCAACUGCACACAAAAAUAUACCCUUACGGCAUGUAUAUAUAACCGGACUUUAGCAAAUUUAGCUCGGGUAAGAUUACGUAUAGGUAUAUAUUAUGCUUAUCUUGAAAACUGGCUCAAUAUUUAUCCACGUGAUCAGUUUCUGGUGAUACGAUUGGAGGAUUAUGCUGUCAAUACCAGGAAUAUGAUGAAAAAUGUUUUUAGAUUUCUUAAAUUAAGAGAUUUAACUAAAGCAGAGGCUGAUUUUAUAAUCGGACAACCGGUGGCCAACCCUAGACGGAAAGGCGAUAAGAAGUAUGGAACGAUGCACGAAUCGACGCGAAAAAUGUUAGAAGAUUUUUAUGAACCUUAUAACAAAAGACUCGCCCUGUUAUUGAACGAUAACCAAUAUAUGUGGAAAAAUAAAGAUAGAACUAGUGCAGGUGCUGGGAACGUGCAGAAGUCACGUGGACCGGAUGUACGUUCUAAACGUUCUGGGAGAUAUGUCAGCAAACGUCGUCAACAAUUAAAACAACACAAUUCAUAAAAGAAGUGUAAUUCGUGAGAAGGAUUAGUGAAACUGGAUAAAAAUAAGAAUAUAUUUAUUGUAUGCGCGAUAUCUCGGUGACGGUUUGUGGGAUUCUAUCGGAUUAAUAACAUUUUAUUUCAAUCUGAUUAAAACACAGAUCCUAUUUCGUUUCGUUCUUUUAUAGUUCAAACUUUCGUUUUACUUGUCUUUACUACACUAGGAUCUGGAAGAGAUGUUAUCAUUGACGUGUUCUGAAUGAUGUAAGUGAUUAGCCAAUGAAACGGUCUAUAGGCCAGCUUUAGGCGUGUUUUGCACGGAACUGUGGGUAAUCCACCAGUAACGUCAAAGCUGAUUGGUUAAUCAAAUGACUGACGUCAUAGGUCAAAAGCUGCUCGUAUAACCUCUGACGCGACCUAUCGCUACAACUUGUCAGAUCUUCAUGUAGUGUAGGCCAUCGAAACUAUAAAAAAACCGAAACGAAAUAUAGAUCUGUAUUAUAAUCAGAUUAAUUGUAUUUAUUCGGUGAAAAUGUCAGUUCAAUGACGAUCGCCCCAGCUAAACUGAAAUAAAACUUGUAAAAAUUGAACAUAUAUAAUUGACAAGGAUAAACUUUGUUAUACUUUU